UACAGCCACACCCGGGCAUUUUGGGAACUUGCCCAAAGUGCACUCAGAUCACAAUGUGAUCAGCCCCCGGCCGGGCUGCUCCUCGAGAACUAACACCGUCGUCUUUCUCCUGCACGUUCUCAGCCCCAGCCUUCACGGCUCGAGCCGGUAGUGUUUUUCACUCACUGCUUCUCCCCCUACAAAAACCCGCCCGUCCUCCCUCAGCUCGUUGGGCCUCUGCAGUAUUAUGUCAUCGCAGGGCGGCAGGACUCCGCCACCGCCUUCCACCGCUCAGCAGCAGCUCGCCAGCGCGUGUAAAGCAUCAAAGGAAAUGCGGUCGAAAUACAGCGGCUUGUGGAUUUCGAGCUCGAGGGCGUUUUAAACGCUCGCUUUGAAGUGAAGUCCAGGCUCCUGGCAGAGUGUGAGCACGCACUUCCUUCCUCGUGCUGCGGAGGGGAUAAAGCAGUGACGUCGGCAGCGGACCGGCUGUAGCGCCGAGGAGGAGAGCGACAUCGAGCGAGAGAAGAAACACGCGGAUACAACGAUAGAGAGAAAGCGAGAGAGGGAGGACUGUACGUCUCCGAAGGAAGAAGCUGUAAAAAUAAUGCUGGAGAGCGUGAGACUGAGCUGCUAACGGCUAAGCAGGAGCAGCGGCGGCGGACGGGGGCUUCGUUCGCGGGCGCGCGACAGACUCUUCCCCUCAGUCCGCCCUCUAUGUCUCCGGGCGCCGCGCGCGCGCCCCCGCCGCCGCCGCCGCUACCGCCACCGCCAUGUGCUCGGUAAACGCAGCGGACGAGGAGCAGAGAUGGGUGCCCACGCACGUGCAGGUGUUGGUGAUCCGCGCGCGCGGCUUGCGCGCCAAGGGCAAGCAUGGCACGAGCGACGCGUACACGGUCAUCCAGCUGGGCAAGGAGAAGUACUCCACGUGCGUGAUGGAGAAGAGCACGGAGCCCGAGUGGGGCGAGGAGUGCUCGUUCGAGCUGCAGCCCGGCGCGCUCGAGGGGGGAGGCCGCGAAGCGUGCGCCCCGGGCAGCUGCGACCUGACCCUCACCGUCAUGCACCGCGCGCUCAUCGGCCUCGACGUGUUCCUGGGCCAGGCCGUGAUCCCGCUGGACAAGGCCUUCCACCAGCGUAAAUGCAUGAAAAACGAAUGGCACAAGCUUCACUCUAAGACUGGUAAAAAGGAGAAGGAGAGGGGAGAGCUGCAGGUUACAGUGCAGUUUACUCGCCACAACCUUACAGCUAGCAUGUAUGACCUCUCUAUGAAAGACAAGCCACGAUCUGCCUUUGGCAAACUGCGAGAGCGGAUUCGAGCCAAAAAACGUGGUGGAGAUGAAGAGUCCUCCUCAGCCAUUGUCCCUGGGGGCUAUGGGGCGCUGGCACGGAUGAGGGGACGGCUGCCCAGUGAUGGAGGUGGAGAGGAAGACUAUGAGGACGAUGAAGGUGGGGAGCUGAGAAGGAGUAAGAUGAGGAGCUUCUUCCUGCGGGGAAGAUUAAGAAAGUCUUCAGACACGCGCUCCAGCACCUCUCUGGGCUCCGAGAGCAGCGAGUCAUCUUCCAGAGGGGGCAGCCUCAGUCCCACUGCUGGCAUUAGUGUGGUGGUCUCUGAUCUCUCCAACUCGCCCAGCAACAGCAGCAACCUGACUGCAGACAACAGCCCAGAGCACACAGUAGCACCCUCACCGCAGGUCUCUCCUGUCAAGCAUGUGUUUGACGAGCCGUGUGACUUUAGCAUCCCGGUGCCUCGUUCCCUAACAAACAACAAUGACACCCCCAUUCUCCUGCCCUCAGUCUGUGUGAAUGGCAAUCCAGUGGAGACAUCUCCACUCACUCACCAACCGCCCUCGCUGAUUCUACAGCAACCCAAGCCACAGACACAACAAGAGCCAACCAAAACUCCACUUCAGAAGAGUUCACCAGAGAAAACCAAACUGACUCAGGCUCAAACAGCAAAACUUCCAGAACCCAAACCCCAACCCAGCGCAGAACCUCAGAGCCAGCUGCCUAAGGUGGAGUCUAAGCCCAGGUCUGAGCAUCAGCUGACUACACUAGGCUUGCUGAAGAGGGGUUCUACGCUCUCCCUCUCCUUGCAAAACAUCUCUCGCCGUGGGGAAGAGCAUAAGGGUGGAGGCCCAAUAGAUGGGCGCCGCUGGUCCUUUGAUAAACCAGGAGAAGAAGAGAAAGCUGCCAUUGCUGCUGCUCUGGAGCAUGCUGGGUUGGUUUCUGAUGAACCUGAGGUGGACAAGACUAUUUCUGAGACGGAAGUUCAAAGCAAGAAGAAGCGGGGCUUGUUUUCACAUGGGCGGGGCAAUGAGUCUGCUGGGAAAGGCUCAGAAACAGGCCAUGGCCAGCCACCUACAGAAGGAAAACACAGAGGAUGGUUCAGCUCAAAGGACAGUAAACCCAGCCAGCUGGUUGCUCCUCUUGCAGACUCCAGCUCCAGUGCAACCAUGCCCCCUUCACCCCUCACCCCAACUGACCCCUCACAGGGCAUGACUCACCAACACACUAACCCAUUCACCUCACCCCCAUUUCUUUCUUCUGCCAACCCUUUCUUUUCUCUUCUGAAGCAGAAUCCUUUCUUCCAGGAGCUGUGUACAUAUAAUCCGAUAACUGAUUUACCCUCUCUCUUUAGCCCCUCCCCCUGGGAACCUGAGGCACAUCUCUCCAGUACAAGGAACCUCACCCUAGUUCCAGCUUUAGCUAAUGCUGGAAAUACAAAUGAAUACCCAGCUGACAGAGCAUCAGACAUGACCACAGAUUCAAACAAAACUGACUUAUUAGACAAUCACUGUGUGAAUCCAACCAUUUCCCGAUCUGAGAAAGAUUCUGACUGGGACAACUUCAUUAGUGAUGGAUUAAAGCCCUCAGAGCACCUAAAGAUUGAGACUCUGACAAAUAAUCUCCCACCUGCACUGAUUGAACCACCUAGCCCAAAACCUCCGUGUGUUGUGAAUGUGCUGACUGUGUCUAAUAAGGGUGCUGCUCUGGGAAGUAACACUAGCCCAGCAUGCACUUUGAUUAUAGAUCAUUUAAAGCCUUCUAAUAUACUUCCUCACCCUUCAGGAAGUGAAACUUGCUUCAACGUUUUCAUUAGUGACCUCGAUUCUGUUGUUCCGGAAGCUCCACUGUCUGACUUUGACUCCUCCUUGCCUCAGAACUCGAGCAUAGAGUUCUCUGAACUGAAUGCAUUAGCCUGCCCUUACCCUGCAAUUUUAGGCUGCUCUGUUAAUCAGGACAAAGCCAUUGCAGUCUCAGGCACCGAGCUUUUGAGUUUUGAGUCUCAGAUAUCAUCUCUGUGCAGCACAUCAUCCAGUGUAUUAUCUGAGGCAUUUGUUAUUCCUGAGGUUUUAGCCCUUGGCUGCAAGUCUCUAGAUCCUCAAGGCCUUACAGUGGAUAUAAAGGCCGAUCAUGAAAUGGUCAACAACCUUUCCUCCAAAAUGUUGACAGAUGAGGAUGCUGAUAAGUCUGUAGAAACCCUCACCACAUCUGUGCCUUCCUGUAAACACUUUAGCUCAGGUGAUACCCUGGAACCUACCAUCAUAACUUUGGGCACAUCAGACAAAAAUCUUGACCUUCAGUUAUCAAAGCCAUCACAAACGGGGAUGAGCAGUUUCAAAUCAGAUGAUCGUGGCAAAACGGAUGAAAGGGAUGUAGAAUUGAAAGAGUCUGCAAAUAAAGACAGACCCCAUUUGAAUGAUUCUCUUCUUGCCCAUACAGCAGCAGAUCCUUUAGAGUUGUCAUUUACUUCAGGAACCAUUGACUGUGUGUUAAAAACAAGAGUUGUGAUGGAGGAGAAAGAUGCUGUAGGCAAGCAAGUGUGUGUGUCCUUAAAUAGAAGUGAAGUUAGUUUUGUUGGAGCAGGCUCACUGAUUGAUAACUUGGACGUCAUCUUGACUUCUCCCGGAGUCUCAGGCAAUGUGCCUUGGAUAAAGGAGGAAAUCUGUGACUGGCAACCUGAUCCAUCCAAGGACGACUUCAAGGUUGAUGUUUUUUCUGGCACUCAUAGCGGACAUCCGGAGGUAGAGAUACUGCACAAUGGCAGACAGACUCUGUCUGUAGGUUGUCACCAUCCACUUAGUAAAAAUGUGAGCAUGAAGGCAGAGCCAGCUGCGCUAAAUCUCAAUGCAGCACUGCCUCCUGUCAGCAUGCUCUUGCACAGCCUGUAUACAAGUGCAGACUCAGAGCAGUACCUCACCUGCAGGUCACAGCACAAUUUAAACUCCCUCUCUGAGCCCUUGGAACCUAAGACAAAACAUGACCCUUUUCAAGAAGCCAAGCCAAAAUGUGUCUCAUCUCAAGAGGUCUUGCCAAUAAUUGCCCUAGCCCAGAGGAGCAUGCCAGAAAUACAGUAUGACCAAAAAAGAACUGAGCUCUUUCAAGAGCCAAAAAAUGUUGAGAUGUUUUCUCAAUAUAAUGCCUCAAACCCACCAGUAUUUCAUAUCUUCACGCCCAAAUCUGAUCCUUCAAAGAAUGAUUUAGUAGACUGUCACACCAUAGAAGAGGCCCCAAUGGAUAGUAAUACCAAUGAAGCAGUACUGAAAUGCCAUCCUCCUGUGGAUGUGAUGUUAAACCAUGGCUUGCUACAGGAGGAAACUUUGUCAAAGGUUGAUACCUCUCAAAGGACGAUGGCAGCACCAGAUGAAGAACUUCUGAAGUUAGACCUGCAAACAUGUUUGUUGGAUAACAAAAGCUACACACGUGCCAUACAGGACCAUAGGGUCAGCCAAGAUUUUUGUCAGUUAGCCAAGAAUAUAUGUGGCUCGGAUUUAUCAUCAGAGCCAACCUUUAGCAUUACCCAGGACCUAGUUAAAACAGAUUUGCUCCUGGAGAAUAUUUUUGUGCCCGACAACACUGCAGCACAUACUGCGAACACAAAUCCUCUUGAACACCCUGUGCCUGUUGAGCCUUGCGCUGAUAUGGUGUUCUGUCCUUAUUAUACUGAGACUUCGAACUCAAGUAAAAAUACAAAGGCAGCAUCUACUGAUGUUCCUAACAUGAAGCCCUACUUGGACAGUCUUAGAUGCUGGCCUGAUACAGUUGAACCACUUCCUGAACCCACAAGCCAGGAUCGACCGACCCUGCCGUCAGGGCGUGAUGUCUACUCAAACUUUUCCCUUUCUUUGCUUGACCUCUCACCCCUGGCCUCCUCCACACCACAAAUGGCAGUAAGCACUAAUGCUUUUCCCCUUUUCCCCUUUCCUGUAACACCCUUUACUCCAGCAAAUUCAUCACCAAGUAUUGUGCUGGCUGCUGCCUCUAUUCAGCCUACACAGCAUGUAUCGCAUACCCCUUUUUCCCAGGAAACGCAUCAGGUGCCCACUCAUCUCAGCAGCCCACACCCAGUGAAGCCGCUCACACCUCCAGAUGACAAGAAGUCAGAAGGUCGUUCUGUGUUAGAGAAGCUAAAGUCUACCAUUCACCCUGGCCGGGGUCACCAUGGAGACCAAGAUGCUGAAAAGAAGCCCCUAGUGGAGGGUGGUGGUUCCUACUACCAUCUGAAUCACAGUGAGCUGGUGUCCCUGCUGGUGCAGCGAGAUGCUGUGCUCCAACAGGAGAGGGAAGAGUAUGAGCGCCGAAGGGUGUUGCUGGAGAAGCGAGAGGUGGAGAUAAGGAAGAUGAAGUUUUUAAUCAGAGAUCUAGAGGAUUACAUUGACACUCUGCUUGUCCGCAUCAUGGAGCAAACGCCUUCGCUGUUGCAGGUCCGCUCCAAGAUGAAGUGACCUUGCCAGUGCUCAUCCAACCUUUCACUAACCCCCUCACAAACCUUGGGCAGAUGUCGCAACCCUGCACCGCUACUGCUAUCAUGUAAAUGUAGAGUACAGCAACCGGUAUUACUGAAGAGGCAGAGGACAUGAUGUAUAUUUGGCAUGCUUAACUGUAUCCAAAUACACCUGGAUCUCUGUGUGGGGUCCACACUUGGCAGGUACAUCCCUGCAUUGGCAGGGCUUAGGGGAUGCCCCCUCCUCCCUGAAGUCUUAUUCUGAUAGGAGAAAUAUUAUUUAAAUUGCAUCAGCUGAUGUUCACUCUCUGCCACAGAUGUCUCAGAGGUGCAGCUGUCCAGCUAGUUACCAAAACUGUCGGUCAGUCAAAGGGGAAGUGUGGUCUUUAAGCUAUGGUGAAUAGUUUCUGAUGCUCAAAAUAACUCAUUUUACCAAAUUCUGUCUUUUUUGCUCUUCCUUUCCCAUCACAUUAAUGGGACCUAUCGCAUUUUAAACAUAUAACGUGCUGCUUGAAUAGGCCGAUUCUAGAGAUGGAGUGAGACAGAGAAAGGGAGAGAAACAACCUGGAUAGAAAGCAGAAUCGGUCGGUUCUGAAUCUGCUUGUGCCUCCUGUCGUGUCUUCCGCACUUUACUGACAAGUGUAAGAGCAGAGGCACGCACUAACAUGCUGGCUCCCCACUCCCCAUCUGUGUCAGUCAGUCAGUGCCCUCCCCUCCCCCCGUCCUGCUUGAGCUAACGCACGCACAUCGCUGCCAGUGCUUUCAGGUGUAAUGAACGGGAUAUGUACUGUCCUUACUGCAUAUAUGCCACUCUGAUGAAAUGCCAAACGCUGCCUUAUCGUAUGUCUCUGUUGUCGCGGAAACCAUCCCUUUUAUUCAGCUCUGCGCCUGACCUUGAAGUACCACUUAAAGGGACGGUGCAUUCAAACUUGAUUACCAACAGACUGUUAGGUUAAGUCAGGUGAAGAUGUAGGAUGUUACUGCCUCAUUGUGGAGCUACGAGCAAACUGAAGAGAAAGAAGGAUGAUUAUCGAAUACUAAAUGCCUGAAGUUGCUAUAAUUCAGUGUUCGUGUCAUGCACAGCCGUGGCUCUGGCCCCUGUCAGUGUCCCCGCAGUGUUACUCUGAUGUUACUCUAAUGUCGCCACUAUCAGUGUGUUUUGCAUUGUAGCACCAUGUGUAGUUGUGUGGUAGAGGCCAAUGUUACAGCACUUUCAAGCCACACGCACACUGGAAAUGGUUCUUCCUCAAGAGCAGAGAAAAUGUACUGAGUAAACACAAAUAGAUGCACAUGCACACUGCACUAGCUCAUUCUCUGAACCUAAGAUAUUUACAGUAUUUCUGUGUUACUGUAAUUCUCAUAGUGCAGCCCAGCUAAAAAAAAAAAAAAAAUCAGAGGUAGGCAUAAUACAUGUAACUCAUCAGAGACAUACUGAGAUGAUUAGAAGCACUUCACACAUUCUUCCCAUUCAGAUAUGAUCUCUGUCUCUUAGAUUGUGCUGAUGUAUGAAUUGAAUGAUUGGACUGCAUCGUUCAGCUGGACUGGUAUGGAACAAUUGUGUUGGUCAGAGACUGAAGUUUACAGUUCUUAAUAAACCUGUUAGGUUUUACAUUCUAGUCUUUAUUCAAAAUGAUAUUUUCUGGCUUUCUUGCACUUUUUUGUGUGUGUGGAGUUCUAUUCUGUUCUUUUAAAAAACUCACUGUUUUGCUUGCAGGGUGUAAUGCUCGUUUUCUCUAAUAAUUAUUUGUUUGCGAUUUAUCUGGCUUUUUUUUUUUUUUUUUAACUACCAACACGCUGUUCUUAUGCACCAUGACUGUGUUCAUCAGGUUUUCUCUCUAGAAGUCAGUAAUAAUGUAGAAAGCAAUAGUGCAGAGGGCUAGAGGACUGUGGGGAACUUGUGUGCAUCCUGCAGUCCAGUUUGUAGGUACAAGUGUCCUUGGCUUAAUGUUAUGAAAUGUGUCAAUGGAAAUGAAUGUAGAAAUAGGUCUGUGUGCUUUUAAUUGUAGAUUUGAUAGAGCUACAUUUCUGUAGCAGAACCUCUGGUAAUUUAUUUGCGAAUGUGUUUACAGUUCCUACACUUUUGUUUUUGCAGAUCCAAGAUGCUCAUGUAUGGAACAUAAGAUGAUUUUCAUUGUAGCUGCAAAUGUUUUAUUUUCAAUAAAAUUGUUUAAGUGAACAUUUUAGUAAUUUACUUUUGCUUAUUUUUGAUUUGGCUUUUCUCUUAUCUUAUUUUUGAGGAAUUAAUGGAGAGGACAGGUCCAGGUAAACUUUCCAGGUCAUAAAGCAAACAAGAACUGACCACUCUGCAGGAAUCGGGAGCCGUUUGAUUUGAUUUUAUUUUUUUAUUUAAUCCUCACCUAUGUUUCUCUGAGGUGCUCUCUUUGGGAUGUGCAGGUUGUUCUAUGACUGUCCACAGGGGGCAAAUGUUUGAUUGUUUGACUAUCGACUAGAUGAAAGAUGUGCAGUCAGAGACGUUCAAUUCUCUGGUCUGUCCUUUUGCAUCUGUCAACAAAAUAAACUCUUUUCACUUUGGGA